UUGUUACUAGUUCAACCAACUUGUCGUCAGUCACAGUGGAUGCUGAAGAACCAAUCCGGGAGAUGUCGAGAGGUGAUCUCACAAACAGGUCUCAUCAGCCAUGAACGCAAAGCGGUCUCAUCCAUCCAGAUAUCGCCAUGUAGGUAUGAAUCAAUGUCCCUAGUCGCCCUCCCGUCCCAGGCAUGCCAUCCAUUCCACCACUCACCCACGUGUGUCUGCCGAAUCGUCAGGGGCUCCCGAUUUGGAGCUCAUGGACCAGUCGACAAACACACUCACAUCCACGGCACGGCACCAUGGCUAUGUGUCUACUAUCAUCCGUACGUAUGGAUGAGUCGCAGCAGAAAGGAAAAGCCUGACUAACAAGUGAAGAGACAGCCCACGUCUGUGUGCCGCUAUGGCUCCGCGCCCCGGCACCCACACGCACACAUGCAAAGCAACACACGUGCACCCACCCAUCUCCUGCGGCCAUGUCAGCCGUGCCUGGCUGGCUGCCUGGCUGGCUGGCUGCCUGGCUAACGCCCGCAUGGCAGAAAUCAAAACACGACACGAAAGAAAGCGACACUUGCGCCCACAAAAAAAGGCCAUGCCGAAAAGUGGGUCAGACAUUCAUGCAACAUCAUACGAAGUAAUUACACUUUUCAUUCACGCAUAUGAGAGAAAUCAAUCAGACCCUGCCAUCUCCCGGCCCACUCCUCAUCGCACGUCAUCCAAUCAGGCCAUGUCAUUGACAGGACCAUCGAUCUCGUCAACCUUAAUGCACUUCGAUCCGUCAUUAUCAUUGUGGUAACCCUUGACUCGGAAGCUACAGCGGAAGAGUAGGUUGUCACAGCGGACCUACACAGGCGCAUGGCACACGAAGAGGUAGGUGUGUGUGUGUGUGUUUGUGUUUAUGUUUGUGUUUGUGCGUGCGUGUGCGCGCCUAAUGGCCGGUUGUCCAUGCGUACCCUGACUUUGUACUUGGCAUCCGCCGCCCCACUGUUGGUGACUUUGAUCCAUGUGUUGGUCCUGUAGGCCGGAACAAUGGUCCAGUCGCUCGACGUCUUGCACGAGGUGCUGGACACAAAUACACACGCACACAGACAGUGGUGCACAGAGACGCUGUGUGCUGAGGCUGGCUUGCUCAACUUACCCAUCGGCCUUGCAGAUUUCCAGUGUGGCAUCGGACAGACGGCUUCGGACGUUCCAGGUCUUCCAUUCGCCCUGCUUUACGGUCCACUCAUCGUUGCCAUUAUCAUCUUUAAUGUCGGUGUAGCUGUCAACCCGUCUUCUUCUGUAUCGUUUGUUGUGUAUCUCUGCACAUCACACACACACACACACACACACAGAGAUAUAUAUAUAUACACUCCAGCUAUUCCGCCCGGCUUUUUCUUACUGUCGCAUCUUUCCUGUUCCUCCAGCACAACGGUGUUAUUUCUGUCUCUCUUGACCGGUCGGGCGAUGCCCUCAUCCCAACGACCUAAGUGUCACAAACGGGAGAGACUCGAUGCACUCAGGUCUUAUGUCUCGCUCGUGUCAUGGACUUACCGCCCGCCUGGAUCUCGUCGGGGCUGUCGUAUGUGCUCGUCCACAGGCGGUUGUCGUACAUGGAGACCCUGACGCCAUUUGAAGCAAAUUCCUCGCCCCGCAUCAGCGAUCCGAUCUUGGCCUGUUUUAUCAGGUCCUGCGCCUGCUCAAUCGGCAUCUCAAUCAUCUCCCCGCCAUUGUCAGCUGAUCAAGUCGAUACCAGGCACACGAGGCAAAGCAAGCCAAGAUGAGACCCAGCGCAGCCAUCAGCCACCCAUGCACCUGACGUACCUGGCUGCAGUUUCCGCAGCUGGCAUUGGGCGAGUCCACACGCAAGGAGAAGCAGCAGGCCGACACGAACCAUCAUCGUUGAAGUGAAGGAGAAGGGAAAGAGAAGCUUCG